AUGCGGCCCCCGGUGGAGGUGGUCCGCCUGGGUCUGCUGCCUUUCGCCCAAGCGCUAGGGAUCCAGCGGGCGUACGCGGAGCGCUGCCGGGCAGGUGGCGGGGCCACCCACGCGCUGCUGCUCUGCCAGCACCCGCCCAUCUACACCACGGGCCUUCGGCAGAAGGGACGCCCCCUUCCGGAACUGGAACGCCUGCAGGGGCUGGGGGCGCAGGUCUACGCCGCCGACCGAGGGGGCCUGAUCACCUUCCACGGGCCCGGGCAGCUGGUGUGCUACCCCGUCUUGCACCUGGCCUCCUUCAAGAAGAGCGUUCGCUGGUACGUGUCGCAGCUGGAGCAGACGGUGGUGGCGGCGUGCGCCAGUUUGAGCGUGGAGGCGUCCGCUUCCUCACACACGGGCGUGUGGGUGGGAGACAACAAGAUUUGCGCCAUCGGGAUCCGCUGUUCCGGGUAUGUGACGUGGCACGGUUUGGCGCUCAACUGCAACACGGAUCUGGCGUGGUUCAAACACAUCGUGCCUUGCGGCUUGGAGGGCAAGGGCGUGACCUCGCUCAGCGCCGAGCUGCGCAGGGACGUGGGCGUGGACGAGGCCGUCCCGCAUCUCCUGAGCGCCUUCGCCCGCCACUUUGACUGCACUUUAACAUAUACGGGUUCCAUACAUCACGUUUAA